AUGAUAUGACUUUGUUAUAAGCACCAAAGAAGAUUGUAAAAAAUAAUAUAAGAAUGACUGAACUCAAGGAAGAUGAUAAUGUUAUGAUGUCCCAGGCUGAGGACAGCGACGUAACUUCAAGCUUUACGGAAAACAAUAAUAUCGCUUCGUCCGAAAAUAAACAAUCCCAAUCUGUUAAUAAACAGAAAGAAGUUGAAGAUGAACUCCAAGAAAAAGACAUUCAAAACGAAGAAUGUGAUGGCGAUUUUGAGAAAAAGAAAGAGGCAAGUGGAAGCAUAAAUGUCUGUGAAGAAGGAAAACAGAAAUUUUGGGACGAAAUAAGAAAGCAAGUUGAAUGUGGUGAAAACAAAGAAGAUCGUUGGAAGAAGACAAUUCUUUGGCGUGCUUUUCAGUUUAGUCCAGUAGAUCAAAAAUUUGUUAAAUAUUUAGUUGACCAUGGAGCAGACAUUUAUUCCCAGAACGAAGAUGGUGAAACAGUUUUGUCGAUAGCGAUAAGAAAUGGUUUAUUUGAUCUUGUUAAGUAUUUCGUUCAUUAUGGCCCUGAACAUAAUUUUCAGGACGAUUCUAAAGUUCUUAAGAGUGCAAUACAGUCUCGAUCAUUAGAAAUUGUGAAAUAUUUCGUUGAAGAUUGUGGGACUGAUAUACAUUGUAAAGAUGAUUCGGGAAAUACUGCCUUACAUCAUGCUGUUUAUGUUGGUGGAAUAGAAAUUGUCAAAUACUUAGUUAAACAAUGCGGUGCAGACAUGAAUACGAGGAAUCCAGACGGGGGGACAAUGCUACAACUUGCUGUUACAGAAGGUACGCUAGAAUUGGUAAAAUAUCUUGUUGAACAGGGGGCUGAUGUAAAUGAGAAGUAUACUGAUGGAUGGACAGUCUUGCACUAUGCUGUUAGCAAAGGUACGCUAGAAAUGGUGAAACAUCUUGUUGAAGAAGGCGCCGAAGUAAAUGGAAAGGAUACUGACGGGUGGACAGUGCUGCAGAAUGCUGUUACUGAAGGUAAGCUUGAAAUCAUAAAAUAUCUUGUUGAAAAUGGCGCUAAUGUAAAUGGCGAGUAUACUGAUGGAUGGACAGUCUUGCACUAUGCUGUUAGCCAAGAUGCACUAGAAAUGGUAAAAUAUCUUGUUGAAAAGGGCGCUGAUGUAAAUGGUAAGAAUACUUACGGUAGGACAGUGUUGCACUAUGCUGCUACUGAAGGUACGAUGGAUAUAGUAAAAUACCUGGUUGAAAAUGGCGCUGAUGUAAAUGCAAAGGAUAAUGACGGGGAGACAGUGCUGCACGCUGCUGUUACUAAAGGUAACUUAGAAAUGGUAAAAUAUCUUGGUGAGAAGGGGGCUGAUGUAAAUGCCAAGGAUAAUGACGGGGAGACAGGCGCUGAUGUAAAUGAAAAGUAUACUGAUGGAUGGACAGUCUUGCACUAUGCUGUUAGCAAAGGUACGCUAGAAAUGGUGAAACAUCUUGUUGAAGAAGGCGCCGAAGUAAAUGGAAAGGAUACUGACGGGUGGACAGUGCUGCACAAUGCUGUUACUGAAGGUAAGCUAGAAAUCAUAAAAUAUCUUGUUGAAAAUGGUGCUGAUGUAAAUGGCGAGUAUACUGAUGGAUGGACAGUCUUGCACUCUGCUGUUAGCCAAGAUGCACUAGAAAUGGUAAAAUAUCUUGUUGAAAAGGGCGCUGAUGUAAAUGGUAAGAAUACUUACGGUAGGACAGUGUUGCACUACGCUGUUACUGAAGGUACGAUGGAUAUAGUAAAAUACCUGGUUGAAAAUGGCGCUGAUGUAAAUGCAAAGGAUAAUGACGGGGAGACAGUGCUGCACGCUGCAAUUACAAAAUCCACUCCAGAAGUUGUAAAAUAUCUUGUUGAAAAUGGCGCUGUUGUAAACGGCAAGGAUACUACAGACGGCUGGACAGUACUGCACUAUGCUACUUCCUAUAGUUCAUUAGAUAUGGUUAAAUAUCUUGUUGAACUGGGGGCAGAUAUAAAUGGCAAAAAGACCGAUGGGUGGACAGUGCUGCAUGAUGCUGUUAUAAAAGGUACGCUAGAAAAGGUAAAAUAUCUUGUUCAAAUGGGCGCUAAUGUAAAUGGUAAGAGAAAUGGCGGGUGGUCGGUGCUUUACGAUGCUAUUUCUAAAGGUACGCUAGAAGUUGUAAAAUAUCUAGUAGAAAUGGGCGCUGAUGUGAAUGCCAAGGAUGUCACUUACGACUGGACAAUGCUUCACUCUGCUGUUACUGAAGGUACGCCAGCAAUGGUGAAAUAUCUUCUUGAAAUGGGCGCUAAUGUAAAUAGCGAGGAUAGUAAGGGAUGGACGGUGCUGCGCCAUGCGAUUUUCAAAGGCACACUAGAAAUAAUAGAAUGUCUUGUUGAACAUGGUGCUGAUGUUAAUGGCAAAACUGAAAUGCAAUCAGUUCUGCACUGUGCACUGUGUGUUACUCAAGAUACUUUAGAAAUAGUAAACUACCCUAUUAAGAAGGGUGCUGAUGUCAAUUGUAAGAAAAUCACUGGGGAAACAGUGUUGCACUCUGCUUUUUCCAAAGGCAGGACAGAUAUAGUAAAAUAUCUUGUUCAGAAGGGCGCUGAUGUAAAUGUCAAGAAUACUUACGGGAAAACAGUGCUGCACUCUGCUGUUACUGAAGGUAACUUAGAAAUGGUGAAAUAUCUUGUGGGAAACGGCGCUGAUGUAAAUGUCAAGAAUACUCACGGAAGGACAGUGCUGCACAGUGUUGUUGUAAAAGGUUUGUUAGAAAUGGUAGAAUAUCUUGUCGAGAAUGGCGCUGAUGUAAAUACCGAGAAUAUUCACGGGGAGACAGUCCUGCACUCUGCUGUUUCUAGAGGUAGGCUAGAUAUGGUGAAAUAUCUUGUGGGAAAUGGCGCUGAUGUUAAUGGAAAAAGGGAUCGCGUAUGGAUAGUCCUACACCGUGCUGUGGGAAAAGGUUCGCUAGAAACAGUAGAAUAUCUUGUUCAGAUGGGCGCUGAUGUAAAUGCCAAGAAUACUCACAGGGAGACAGCGCUGCACUCUGCUGUUUCUGAGGGCACGCUAGAAAUGGUGAAAUAUCUUGUGGGAAUAGGCGCUGAUGUAAAUGAAAAAAAGAAUAGCGGAUGGACAGUGUUGCAGAGUGCUGUGGUAAAAGGUUCGUUAAAAAUGAUAAAAUAUCUUGUUGAGAAGGGCGCUGAUGUAAAUGCCAAGAAUACUCUCGGGGAGACAGUGCUGCAUUUUGCUGUUUUUGAAGGUACGCUAGAAAUGGUAAAAUAUCUUGUUGAGAAGGGCGCUGAUGUAAAUGCCAAGAAUACUCUCGGGGAGACAGUGCUGCAUUUUGCUGUUUUUGAAGGUAGGCUAGAAAUGGUAAAAUAUCUUGUUGAGAAGGGCGCUGAUGUAAAUGCCAAGAAUACUCUCGGGGAGACAGUGCUGCACUCUGCUGUUUCUGAAGGUACGCUAGAAAUGGUAAAAUAUCUUGUUGAGAAGGGCGCUGAUGUAAAUGCCAAGAAUACUCUCGGGGAGACAGUGUUGCACUCUGCUGUUUCUGAAGGUUCACUAGAAAUGGUGGAAUAUCUUGUUGAGAAGGGCGCUGAUGUAAAUGCUCAGAGAAAUGACGGGAAGACAGUACUUCACUCGGUUGUUAUUGAAGGUACCUUAGAAAUGCUAAAAUAUCUUCUUGAGAAGGGCGCUGAUGUUAAUGCCAAGGAUAAUGACGGGGAGACUGUGUUGAACUCUGCUGUUUCUAAAGGUACGCUAGAAAUGGUGAAAUGUCUUGUGGGAAAUGGCGCUGAUGUAAAUGGCAAAAAUAAUAGCGGAUGGACAGUGUUGCACAGUGCUGUUGUAACAGGUUCGUUAGAAAUGGUGGAAUAUCUUGUUAAGAAGGGCGCUGAUGUAAAUGCCAAGAAAUAUUUUGGGGAGACAGUGCUGCACUCUGCUGUUUAUGAAGGUACGCUAGAAAUUGUGAAAUAUCUUGUGGGAAAUAGCGCUGAUGUAAAUGGAAAAAAAAGCAGCGGAUGGACAGUGUUGCACGGUGCUGUUGUAAAAGGUUCGCUAGAAAUGGUGGAAUAUCUUGUUGAGAAGGGCGCUGAUGUAAAUGCUCAGAGAAAUGACGGGAAGACAGUACUUCACUCGGUUGUUAUUGAAGGUACCUUAGAAAUGCUAAAAUAUCUUUUUGAGAAGGACGCUGAUGUUAAUGCCAAGGAUAAUGACGGGGAGACUGUGUUGAACUCUGCUGUUUCUAAAGGUACGCUAGAAAUGGUGAAAUGUCUUGUGGGAAAUGGCGCUGAUGUACAUGCAAAAAACAAUAGCGGAUUGACAGUGUUGCACAGUGCUCUUGGAAAAGAUUCGCUAGAAAUGGUGGAAUAUCUUAUCCAGAACGGCGCUGAUGUAAAUGCCAAUGAUACUAACGGAGGGACAGUCUUGCACCAUGCUGUUCGUGUUGGUGAUUUUGUAGCUGUCAAGUAUUUAGUUGAACAGGGUGCUGAUGUUGGCACCACUGUUUUAGCACUCCUCCAAAUAGCUGUUAAAAACAACUUCGUCGCCUUGGUCAAUCUUCUUUAUGAGAAAGACAACGCGAUGUGGAGAGAGCAAAAGAUUAUUGUUGAAGGGCGAGGAAUGAAUUUUCUUGAAUGGAGCAUUCACCUUGGUCAUGAUGAAAUUGCAACUAUCCUUAAAAGGUCCGUAGAACAUCGUGAGAAAAUUAAGAAGUUGACAACAACGAACUGUAACCAGCUAGAAGAGAUUGGCAUUCCGAUGCAGGCUUUUGUCGCCGACAAGCAAUUCAGAAUUGGCGAUGGUGGAUAUUCAAGUGUCUAUGUUGGUCUCAUGAAGGAUGGGACUGAAGUUGCUGUUAAGAAAAUGCAGGUAGAAAAGUGUGAUAAAAUAGCUGAAAACGAAAGGGAAAUUAUGGAUCUUAUUAAAACAAGCGACUCACCAUUUAUAGUGAGUUAUCGACAUUUUCACCGUGACGAUACCUCCAUGUAUCUUAUUCUUGAUCUUUGCGAAGAAACCUUAAAGGAACUUGUUCAUGCAUCCAGUAUUGAACAUCUACAAGAGCGUGGUCCAGGAAUGAUCAAAGAAAUUCUAUCAGGACUUAAAUUUCUUCAUGGUAAAGGAAUAUUGCACAGAGAUCUAAAACCAUCAAACGUCCUGGCUGAUAUCGAGGGUCGCAUGAAAUUGGCAGAUUUUGGAUUAAGCCGCGUUCUAAAAGAGGAUGAAACGACGGUUAAAACAGACGCUAACGGCACUCCCGGAUGGGUGCCAACAGAAGUAAUUGAAGCAGUAGAGAAACAAGAAAAAGGUCCUUUCAAAAAGAAAUCGGAUGUCCAGGUAGCGGGUAUGAUUGCUUUCUUCAUCUUAACAAAAGGUGAACACCCUUUUGGAUCUCAGUUUGAUCGAAUGAGAAAUAUUUUGAAAGGAAACCCUGUGAAUUUGAAGAAACUUGGUGAUCGUAAAGCUCGAAAGUUUGUGGCGUGGCUGAUUCAUCACAAGAUUGAUAAGAGACCUUUUGCUGAAGAAGCGCUGUGGGACUCUUUCAUUAAUAAAGAUUGA